AUGGGACAGAAGCAGACUACUCCUUUGUCCCUCACUCUGGACCACUGGUCAGAAGUGAGGACUCGUGCACAAAAUCGUUCCCUAGCCGUGAAAAGGGGCAAGUGGCAGACAUGCUGUGCUGCUGAGUGGCCAGCCUUUCAAGUUGGAUGGCCAAAGGGGGGGUCUUUUUAUAUUUCCUUAGUUCGCAGAGUGAGAGACAUCGUGUACCGACCGGGGCCGCAUGGACAUCCUGAUCAAGAACCCUACAUUCUCAUGUGGGAGGACCUCUGUACCAGUCCCCCUGACUGGGUGCGGCCAUUCCUCCCCCCCCCUAAACCUUCUUCUUUACAGCCGCUUUUGGAGCCUACGAUCCUACCCAUGAAGGAGAAAAGGGGAUCGGAGUCACAGCCUAAAGAGGAGCGAGCUGUGCCCCGCAUUUACCCUGACACUACGGACCUACUUCUCUUUGAACCCCCCCCUUACAACCCAUCUGCUCGCACCCCUUCUGCUCCAGCAGGGGAGGCGACUGCAGAACCCCGUUCCCCAUUAAAUCUCUCCUUAGCUUCCCAGCCUUCCCACAGUCCUUGCCGGAUGAGAGCCAGCGAGCAGGGCCAGCUGCGGGAACCCGCAGCAGACUUUGAACUUGACACAGGGGCAGUAUACUCGGUCCUAAAGAAACCUUUGGGACCCCUCUCUAGUAAGCAAUCCUUAGUACAAGGAGCAAAUGGAAGUAGCUAUCGUUCCUGGACUACUUCCUGGACUAUGGACUUGGGGAAAGGAGAAAUCAAGCAUUCUUUCCUGGUCAUACCAAACUGCCCCUCACCUCUAAUGGGACGAGACUUGCUAACCAAACUCAGAGCCCAGAUAACCUUUGAAGAAACUGGUCCAGAAAUUGCUUUUCUUAAUCCCAGUGUUCAACCACUUACCACCUCCGUCCUGACCAUCAGGGCUGAGGAUGAAUAUAGACUGUUUACAGAUGACCCCUUGCCAGUUGAAAGCCAAGACACCGACUUUUGGUUAAGACUAGUUCCAGAAGCUUGGGCUGAAACUGCUGGACUGGGGUUGUCUACCUUACAGGCUCCAGUAGUGGUAGAGUUAAAAACUACUGCUGUCCCUGUGAGAGUUAGGCAGUACCCCAUGAGUCAGGAAGCGAAGAAAGGCAUAACUCCUCAUAUCCGGAAACUUCUCCAACAAGGGGUCUUAGUAAAAUGUCAGUCAGCCUGGAAUACUCCAUUACUCCCAGUUAAGAAGCCUGGAACUGGGGACUAUCGGCCAGUACAGGACCUAAGGGCAGUUAACAGUCAGGUGGAAGUCAUCCAUCCCACUGUGCCAAACCCAUACAAUCUCCUCAGCACCCUAAGUCCUGAAAGAGUAUGGUAUAGUGUAUUGGACUUAAAAGACGCUUUCUUUUGCCUGUCUCUACAUCCAGCCAGUCAACCCUUAUUUGCUUUUGAGUGGAGUGAUCCUGAGGCAGGAAUUUCAGGCCAACUAACCUGGACCAGAUUGCCUCAGGGAUUUAAGAACUCCCCUACCAUCUUUGAUGAGGCCUUGCACCAAGACUUAAGUCUCUUCCGCAGCCAGCACCCCCAGGUAACCCUGCUCCAGUAUGUGGACGAUAUUUUACUUGCAGGAAAAACUGAAGAAGAUUGCAAGCAGGCCACCCAUGACCUGCUGAAGGAACUUGCUCGGCCAGGGGUAUAG